AUGUAUUCAAAUAAUAGCUCAAGAUUUUAAUCUGAAAAUAACAGUGGUGGAGAUGAAGGGUCAAAUAUGACCUUUGCUCAUAAUAAAAAGGGAGGACCUACUUUAGAAUCUGUAGAAAGCCCAAGGUUUAAUGAUGAUAAAAUUAGACUAAGCACUAAGUCUUCUCAGUAGAAUAAUUCAAAAAAUUAAAGCGCUCUUAUGGGUCAAUAUUCAAAUGACUCCUCACUUAUGAAUUCACAAAUAGCAAAUAACAGUAAUUAUGAAUUUACUCAGAGCAAAGGAUAUUAGUAAGGAAACAGCUUAACUGAAAGUUUGUAAAGAUAUAAAAAUAUGAUGAAUUAGAUCUAGCAAAAAGACAAUACAAUUUAAAGUGAAAAGUUUGACAUAUUAUCAGACUAAAAAGUAGGUAUAAAACCAAGCACUUACAUAGAAAGAAAAACAGAGUCAACUAAUAUUCCUUUAACAACUGCAGGCAGUAAUUUUAAUAUGAGUGGUUCACAAAACAGUUCAAUUUAAUCAACACAAAAAAAAUUAAAACAAUCGAAUUUGCAAUAUGGAACAAAUCGCUUAGAAGAUAUAGAAGAUAUUGAAAAUUAUGAUAGCAGCAAUAAUGAAGAAAGUGGAGUUGCAGAUUAAUUAAGAAAGCUGAGAGAAAAGGAUUAUUUUGAAGACACUGAAAGUGAAUAGUCUUUUGAUAGAGAACUUAAUACGCGCUUAAAAAUGAUAGAAGUAAAAAAGAAGCUUAUGAAUACUAGUGUUAGCUCAAGUAAUUUCAAUAGUGCUGUUUAACAAAAUAAUCUAAAUUAACAUGCCUCUGUAAAUAGCAGUAUCAACAGUUCUUAGGCAUUUAAUCAGUUGGAAUCAUCUAAUUCUAAACUAAACGUACAUUAGGGAACAAAUAAAACAGCUGGAUUGAUAAUUGGUGGAAAGAAGAAUUAAAAUAUUUUACAAAAUAAUUCUUUAUAUAAUGAAUUAAUAGAAAAAAAAAGUCCUUAAAUUCAAGAAAGCAGCAAUUAUUAAAAUAAUAAAAUGGCAAAAAUUUGGGAAAAUCAUCUUAAUUAGUUUUUAGAUUCUUCGAAUGGUGGGUAAAAGCAGCUUAACAUGAGUGGAAACUCUCUUUAAAACCAGUAAAAUAACUACUAAAUAUAAUAGGACUUUGCUUAACCCUAAUAAAAUAAUACAAGUAUUGAUGAACAUAAUAUUUCUAAUUAAUCUUCUAUGCUUCGAGCAUCAAGACUGGAUUAAUCAGAGUAACUUGUUAACAACAACUAGUAAUCUGUAUUAGGAAUAAAUUCACGCUUUUAAAACAGUACUCUAUAGAGCAGAUACUCUUUUAUAGAAAAUGAUUAAUCUCGAAACUAACCCAACAAGAGUUUGGAUAAUAGUGAUAAAAAGAAUAUAUCAAGAACCAUCUACAAUAGUAGCAGAAAUAACAAUAAUAUGAUUUUGGUUGGUAGAUUUAUAGGCUCCGGAUAGAAUAGUUAGCAUAUUGCUCCUUUACCUAUUCAUAAUAAAUCUAAUAGCAAUAUUAAUAUUAGUAAUGUUCUUACAGAUAAUAUAACUGAUAGAAAAACUGAUAAUGCAAUAAAUAUCAACUAAAAGAACUCAUUCAUUUAAGAAAAAAAUGUUAUUAAUAAGAGUAAUUUCUUAGAUGAUCAGAGCAUAAUUCAUCAAAAAGGAUAAUCUAUAGGGGCAUAUUAGCUCAAUGAAAAUAAUGAAAUUUCAUAAAUAUCUGCUUUAGACCAUAUUUAGAAUGUAGAGGAACAUGAGUAUUAGGAUUAACAAGGUCACAUGAACAACUUUUAAUACUAAUAUUAAGAUCAAAAUUUUCAACAUUAAAAUUAAACAAGCCCUGUUUAAAAUUAAGAAGAGUUAACUGAAUACUCUUAAAGUGCGAUAUCCAACAGUGAAAUUAAGCUUAAUGCUUAGCAAUAAAAUAAUUUAUUCGCAAAAAAGAAUAAUUUUAAUUAAAGUAAAAACAACAGAUAAAAUACAUCAUCUCAUUAAAAUUCUCACCAAUAAAACCUAAAUCAAUAAUAAGUAAAUGUAUAAAAUUUAAAAUAUAAUUUAGAUAACUUAAAUAAUAAGCAAGUUUACAAUUAAGAAUAAGACAAUCAAGUUUAAAAAUUUGUAACACUUUCUCAAGAUUUUGAUGAGCAAAGCCUCUACAUAUAAAAAUAAAACGAAGUACAAAUUUAAUAAAAUCAAUAAGAAUAAAUGUUAGCAGGAUAAAAAUUACAAAGAAACUUAUUCCAAUAAGACUCGAUCAUAGAUAAUUCUCAAGACGAAAAUAAUUAAUUGCCAAACUCAAAAGAGAGAUAAUUUACUUCUAAAUUUGAAACGAAAUCUAAUAAUGAAAGUUUUGUGAGCAAUAAUAGCUACUAGUAGAAUUAAUAUUACUUAUAUGAUAAUUAAAAAACACUAUAGAGUGCAGAAUAAGCUGCAAAGAGUUCUACUACAGGACUAACAUAUUCUUAAAAAUAACAAAGCAUAUCAUCAAUGUAAUCUCCUCCUAAUUUAAAUAAUUAUAACUUUAGAGAUUAAUAACACUUUGAACACGAAAUAUAGAGAGAAAAAUUUAUAGAGCAAAUAGAGGAAGUUAUAAGCAACUAGGAAACAAAGCAAUUUUUAAUCAAGCACUUUGCUUAAAACUACAAUUCUUUUGAUAACAGUAUUUAUUUUGUACACUUCCUUGACUUAAUAGCAAGUGAGUUUGGAGACAUAGUUAAAUUUGAUGAAGAUAUAGAUAAGAUCUAGUUUGAAGAAAUCCUUUAAACAAAGUUAACAACAAAUGACGAAGAAAAGAUAUCAUUAAAUGCUUUGUAAAUUUUCACAAAAGAUGGUGGAUUGAGAGAAAGAAUCACAAGCAUAGCUUAAUCAAUAAAAAAUGAUUCAAAAUAAAGAGAAAAGGAUAACAUUAAUAGGAAAAUAUUCUAAGAAAUUAAUAGUUUAAGCAAAAUUUUAGAAUAAAAAAGCAAAGAGCUUGCAAAAAAAGAAAAGUCAUUGAUUGAACGUGAGCAGAAUCUAAAGUAAAAAGAAUAAGAUUUUAAGAGUAUAUUGAAAGGAGAAUACGAUGUAAUGAUUUUCAGUUUAGAUGAAGCAGUCAAAGAGAGAAGUAUUGAAGUCAACAAAAAAAUUAUUUAAUUAGAAAGAAAUCUCAAAAAUAAAAUGAAAAUCAUAGAAACCAAAUCAAAAGAAAUUAAGUAGAUUACAUCUAACUCUUCUGCAAAUGCAGACAAGUUUAAAUCAAAAUUAGCUGCUUAAGAAAAACAAGCUGAAUUCUUAAAAAUUAAAACCUAAGAUUUAGAAAAGAAAUAUGUUAUAGAACAAGAAAAAAAUGCAACUCUUUAGUCGAAAUAUGACAAUCUCUUAAAGAAGCAUAAAGAUUUAGAAAAAUAUAUAAAAGAACUACAAGGUAAUAUGUAAUAAUUAAAUAAUCUUAGAUAAUAACGAGUCAGUCACAGUCCUGAUGCUAACGCUCCUCUUUCAUACUCAGAAUCAGGAAUUGAAUCAUAGUUCAGAUAAUCAGAAGGAACAAAUAAGAGAAAUGCUUCUUCUAACGUUGGCCAGAACGCUGAUAUGCCUUCUCCUAUUAAAAUUGAUUCAAUGGAUGAAGAUGAGCUUAAAAUGGGAGAAAUAACUAUAAAUGAAAUAAACUAAGCUCUUCAUAAUGGAAUUAAUUAAUGGAAUAACACGGAUUUAAAGGGAAGCCAAAAUACUGGAUUAAUAGUAGGUAAGAAGAAAAUAGGAGGAAGUUCCACUACAGCUCAAUCUACUACAGGUACAGCUUUGAAGAAAAAGAGUCCAAUAGGUCCUAUGGGAGCUAGUACAACAACAGAUGAAGAAGUAAAAGUAUUGAUGAGUGUAGUUUAAAUAAUAAUGAAUAACAUUAAGACUACUCUUCCACUGAUUAUAAAUAUGAAUAAUAAAGGCUAAAAUGAUUCUAUUCAUCAAUUAAGUGAGAGUUGCAUAGAUUUAAGUAUUGCUGCUGCUAAAAACUCUUAAAUCGAUGUUGGUGAAUUUCUUUAUCCAUGUUUUAAUAAUCUUGUUAGUAAUCUUGUUGAAAUUAUUCCUUCUCUUUUAGUAAAAUAAUGCAGCCCCAAGCAUCUUUAUGGGAUAGUUGAUCUCAUGUUUAGAGCUAUUAGCUUCAAAUUUAGAUAUACACAAUAUUAAAAAUAAAAUAAAAAACCAAUGCAAAAUUCUAUUCUUUCAGAAGAAAUACUUGAAAGUACAAGGAAUAUUAUUAAAUCUCACUAAGACCACAUUAAUGAAAUUAUGAUGAAUCCAAAAAAACCUACAGAGUUAACUUUUAUCCCACAAACAGCAUUUUGGAAGAGAAAGAUAAAAGUGAUUCCUAAAAAAUCGACAACUGGAGAAAAGAAUAACACUGCAUUAUCUAGAUUAAGUGGAUAAACUUCAAGUGUUAGCUUCUAAUUAUUCUCUAAUGAAGAUGUCUAAAAAGAGAUGCUCUAAGUAUUUAAAUAAUAUAUGGAUCAUUCAGAGCUUUUGUUAAAAAGAAAAGUGCCUAAUUCAAGCUAAGAGUAACAAGGAAAAGCUCAAAAUAAUUAAGGUUUAGCAAUGGUAUUUGAUUUUACUGAAAACUCUGCUGCUAAUGAAAAGAGCAAUGCUGGGUCAAAAAGUCUAUAAUUUGAAAAUUAAAAAUAUACACUAAUGACAAGAAUAGAUUUGUAAAUUAUGACUUUAAUACUUUAAGUUAUAAGCAAAGAAAGCAUAAAUGCUAUAUAAUCAAUAUUGAUCGACAUCAGUAAUGAAAAUGAGAAUUUAAAUGACUUUUUACGUAGCUACAUAAUUAAUAUAGGAUUUGUAGAGAUACUUGUCUGGCGCAUGAUUUAAAGCAAAGAUGAUGCUUUGCUCAUAGAACUAAGCACAAAUUUAAUGUGGAGUAUGUGUACGAAUGGGUCUCACUACAAUCAAUUUAUUUAAGACAUUAGUGAAGAUAAUGUUAUUUCAAAACUUAUAGUAAUAUUCGAAAAGUAUUCAAAUAAUUAUAAUAUUUGCGAAAAACUCUCUGUGAUUAUUUAGAGAAUAUCCUAUCAUAACAGUAACUUAAAAGAAAGGCUUACAUCUAAAUAAAUAUAAAUAUUUAAAAAUAAGCUUGUUGAAGCUGAAUAUUCUAAAGAAGAUGGUGAAUUCUUAGUUGCAAAUCUUCGUACUAUUUUGCAAAAUUUAGAAUGA